AUGAAAAAACUAUAUAGGGAGGCACAAAUGAGAAGAUUAGCAUCUGCUUUCUAUGAUCCUCAACAUAUCCCCAUCCUCAAACUGGAUACCCAUGGGUUUGUUUGCCCGCAAGUGAUGAUCAAAUUUGUAAAGCACCUGGUCUUUAUAUUUAUUUCUCAAAUACUCCACGGCCUUAUCCACCUCGAUUGGUUGGUUAUCCAGUUGAGCGACCUGUUUAUUAUAUUGGAAAAUCAAUUAAUGAUAUUAAAAGUAGGGUCGACUUCCAUAAUAAAAAAGAAUUCCAAAUUGGUUUCAGGCUUAAUGGUUUGCUAUAUGAGAUUCCCAUGUAAUAAUGAACGUUCUGAUAGUAGACCAAGUUUUUCUGAAGUAGCCAUGUUAACAAUGUUUGCAACUAUUAAAAACUCAGAUUUAGGUUUUAAACAAACUGAUAUUAUAGUUUUUGAUGACAAUGGAGAACCAUUUGAUAUUUUAAGAACGUUUUAUGGAGUUAAUAUUAAUAAUCCAUUUGGUACUUGA